UCAGCACCCAAUGCAGUAAACUUACAAAAUAACAUCAGACGACGUCGACAGACACCGACAAACAUCAGAAAGAAAAUAGAACGAAUAAUCUCCCUAAAAGGGGAAGGUGAUGUCAAUAUCUACCGAGGGUAUACUACCCCAUCUCCAAAUCAAGAAGCGCGAACCUUAGCUCCUAGGUGGCCUCCCACAAAUAUGAAACCCAUAUGGCCAACCUUGGCACCCGUUUACCCUUAUUAUUUAGCUGGAAGUGGCAAAAAUCGAGUCAAUUUGAUAGAAAACAUUGAGACUCAUUCUGGAAUUCCAGCCUCGAUGUGGGUAUCAGAACCACUGAAUCCUGAUCUUGGUUCACUUACUUGGAACGGAACACUGAACUGGGACGGGGCAACAAAAUGGGACGGGACGGGGUCUGGAAGAGAUAAGUUUAGUGUAGGGAAAAACACAAAGUGGGAUCUAAAUCGAGUAACAACCGAUAUGGGAAGUCGUACUUCUGGGUCGAAAACAGUAACUACAAAUGUUAAUGUAGAUGGAAACGCUGGAUCCGGAUCAGCGAGCAAGACAGUCGUGAAGGAAACUACGUAUUUCAAUAAGCCCGACAUUAACUCACGAUGGAUGGACACUUCAGUAGGUAGCAGAAUGCGUCUCAAUGGUGGAAGCACAGACAUUGAUAAUUCUUUGAUCUCCACGAAGAGAACAACAAACACAGUGGCUGCUGGCUCACUUGGGACUGGUGGAGUUGGUGGUUCAAAGACGACGGUAACGAAGACAACCACUACAGUUAAUAAGAACGCAGGUAAUACUGGGAAUCUAAAUGGCGGUUAUCUCGAUUUUUCAAAUACAAUUAAUAAUAUCAAGGAUAAAACGUAUGUGGAAAAGACCACAGAGAGACGAGUAAAUGAAGUGGUAAAUAAAGAUAUUUCAUCAUCCACAACGACUGGCGGACGAAACACGAUGACGACAGUUGAUACCUUUGAUAGUACCAUUACGGAUCCAUUUGUUAUGGAAGGAGGAGUAAGUACAACUGUUACAGAGAGAUCUCCUAACGGAGUUAGUAAGGUUACUAAGACAUACAGAAAUCCAAAUGGUAAUAUAAUCAAAACAAUCACAACCAUCACCAUAAUUAACGAAACAAAGAUUAUUUCAUCUGACGAAUUCGGUGGAGGAUCGUCUUCCACCUCUCAGACAACUGAUAGAGUGUUCGAUACAUCAACAAAGAACGUAAAGGUGACGAGCACCGACAGGACUGGCUCAUUAACACUGGAGAAGCCACCUAGAACUGUAGAUAUAUCGGGGGCAACUAAAGAUGUCAUAAUCGAAAGAAAAAGUACCGAUCGUAUCUCACCGUCCACUGUUACAGAAACAAGAACGGUUACUACAGAAACAAAUAGACAAGGAACUCUCACAACAGACUCUGUGUCUUCUGGAAACAGGAAAAUCGACAACAUUCUUCGAGAAUCGCAUUCGUCAACUAACCUAGACGGUUCAUCAGUUGAUAUCUUGUUGAAUGGAAAUACACAGCCCGACUUUAGAGAGACAGUUACAGUCCAGGAGGUCCCUGUUGUCAGAGGAGAUACGUUAACGGAAACCAUUACAACCACAAACACUAACCCUGCAUUGGACAUUAACACGUCCAUAUCAGGAGGUUCAAGAACAUCUUCCAACACCUUAACAACAAAUGAAUUCAUUGAAACUGGUACAACCAAAGUAGAUAUAUCAAGAGACAGAGGGACGUCGGGCAUUGGUAUUUCAACAGUUGAUGUGUCUGGAGCUUCCAAUGUACAGGACACUUUUACAACCGAUAGCAGAUUUCAACCAACAAAUCAAAACAUUGUAACCGAAACAAUCACUGAAACAGUGGUAACUGGAGAUCGUCCACGUACAGAAACAACGGAAACUAUCACUACCAGAGCAGACGCUACUGGGAGUUCAAGUUCCACUGAUUUCGUUUUCAUUCCAACCAACGAAAGAACGGAAACCAAGACUGUUGUGACGUCAAGCAAAGAUGCAUCAUCUCAGUCCUCCAAUUUGAUAGGUCUUACUGGUUCUGAUUCUUCUGGAUUGAAAAAAAUAUCUACUUCAAAAGUGGGCGAUGUAGUUAUAACGGAGAGUAUUGGACCUGGUGGUCAAAAACUGAUUACAAGAGAGACAAUAAUUAGGGAAACCUUUGCCGGAGGAGUAGAACCUCAUACAAUAACAAUUACUGAUGCCCAUAGCGGUGGAGUAACUAGUGACACUAUUUUUGGCGGCAGAGAAAUCAAUAGAAGACCUACAAGCACUAAUGUGUUUGGAGGGAUAAAUGUAGAAUCUCGUCGUUUUUCCGAUACAACACAGGAUACCUCAGUUAAUGUUGGUACAACAGAUUCAACUAACUCUCGUACCGUUGUUGACACAAGUGCAUCAUCAACAGGCGCUUCUUCUAAUAAUUACGUUUUGCCUGAAUCGGGAGGUACAAGUCGGGGGCAAUCAACUACCAUUCGAAACAUCACAGUCAUAGAUUACACAAACGACGGGCCUCGUUCUGAUAUUAAAGAAACUAUCAACUACGAAACUAGUGGGACACAGGGAACUAGAUCUUCUGCCUCAACAACGUUGUUUGCGGGGUCAACAGAUGGUAUACCAAUUAUGAUAGAUUAUGGUCCUUCUGUGCAGGAAACCGUCAGAACGGUUAAUGUUGAUCCUCCUCCGAUGAUUAUCCCAAAGGAGACUGUCGAAUCUGUUAGAACUCGCAAUGAUAACAUCAACUAUAGGCCAAUUGAUACGAACUUUGAAAGUGCAUUUACAAGGAGCACUAUUGAUGGUCAGCCAGUAGUUGUGGAAACGAUAACUGAAACGUUUGUUGAUAACCGGCCUGUAAAGGAAGUAGUGAAGACUGUAACAGAAAGAGUUGUUGAUCAAGGAAGAACUGGUGUUGACUCUUCUAUAACCUCUUCAACUUCUUCCACUAAAACAUCGAAAUCAUCUUCCUCAUCUGCAUCCAGUAAUGUAGACACUAAUUUGUAUGACACUGUUGACACCAUUACUACAGAUGGUCUUCCAUUUGAUGUUUUAAUUGUUAAACCUGGAAGAUCGGUAACCGAGGUUCAAUCAAACUAUAGCGACACUGGCGGUGUUGUUACCAAUGACAUUGGGGCUGUAGAGGGAACAGGCGUUCAAACAGUGACUGUUGUGGAGGAAAUCGUUACGACAAACUCUAGACCAGCGACCGGAAUUAUCAGAGAGACAACGCCUUCAGUCACUGGGCGUGAAGUUGGAACAAGCCGAGACGUUGGAUCAACUGUGACGAUAAGGAACCAAAAUGAGCUUGGCACCAGCCGAGAUGUUGGAGCAACAGUUGUUGUAACUGGUCAAGAUAAUCGGGAUAUCAAUGUUGGAGGAACAGUGGUUGGGAAAAGCCGUGACAGAGACGCAUCUGUUACAAUUACACGCCAGGACAAUGUGGUGACUGACACGGGAUCAAAUCAGGGAGUGGACGUUUUAGUUACAGGCACAACUGAUAACGUGGUAGGUACAAGUCGUGACAGAGAUGCGACAGUAACAAUUAUAAAAGAGGAAACCAUCGUUACAGACCCCUCUUUAGAAAUUUCUAGUUCAACCCAAGGAAGGGAUAUUUCAAUGACAGUUAGAAAUGAAGGUUUAAGUGGAUCUGUAUCUGGUACAAGCAGAGACAGAGAUGCAUCUGUGACAAUAGCCGGUCAAGGAAAUACUCUAACUGAUCCAACUCUAGACCUUUCCGGAUCAAGUCAAAACAGAAAUGUGUUAGUGACAGUUACAGAUCAGGGACUAGCCGAAUCUUCUGUUGUAGGUACAAGCAGAGAUAGAGAUGCAUCAGUAACCAUUACUGGUACGACAGAUCCAGCUUUAGAAAUUACAGGAUCACGUCAAAAUAUUGAUGCUCCCGUCGUUACAACUACUCAAGGGGUUGAUGCAUCUUUUGUAGGGACUAGUCGUGACAAGGACGCUUCUGUAACAAUUAUAAGACCUGAUAGUACUUUUCCUGAUCCAACACUAAUUUCGACCACAGAAGAAACUAUUACAAUAAUUGGUGAUCAAAAUCUGAAUAAUAUUGAAGGAAACAUGGGGAGUUCAAACCUAAUGAUUGGGCCCGAUGGGGUGUCAAUUGACAAAAGUAAAACCGUAGACCAGUCUGCUUCCAUUGCGUCAGACCUGGGAACGCUAUCCGGAAAUCGAGAUGUGGCUACAUCUGUGUCUCUUGAGGCAGGGGCAGGAUCCACCUCCUUCACCGGAAGUCAGACCAAGGACACAUCAAUUGGGAUCGAAUCUGCCAGAGGAUCAACCAUUUCAGUUUCAAAUAACGUAGAUGGAAAUGUAGACUUCAACAGACAAGAUGGGCAAACAGGAACAGUGGUCACCGUUACUAACACAACCACCCUGAAUACAGAUGUCCGAGCACCAGAAGUCUCGGAGACUGUUGUUACUGAAGCUGUUGUAAACUCAGAUUUAUCCAAAAAGACAGUUGUCGUUCCUGAAGAUAUAACAGUAACAAGAGAAUUGAUAAAUACAACGGACACAACUCAAGAUAUGUUGCCGGCUGGAAAAACAAUCAUCCGAGAAACAAUAAUUACUGAGACCUUUGUAACCGACGGAAAAGGCGGGCUUACUCCAGUUAAAGUUGUCGAUGGUAGCCAAUCAGCUUUCACGACUAGCGAUUUUACUGACGUAAAUACUGGAAGCUCAUUUGAGACGUCAGUAACGGGGUCUUCGUCAUCGUCCUUUCAAACAUCAUCGUCGACUUUGGAAACGUCGGGAUCUACAAUGACGGAUUCAUUGCUACCGGUAGUAGAUUCAGCAAACAUUGCAGACGUUGUCCCAUCAGAGACCGUAGACUAUGGACCGAACGUUGAACCAGUGGUUGUGCCCUUACCAACAGAGCAGAUUGACUUCACUGAGUCAAUAUCCGGCAGUCAAUCAGUAACUGGACAAAAUUCAUUAAGUGAAACUAUCGUUACUGGAGAACCUUCCUUGCAAAACAGCUCUUGGACAAACUAUACCACAAUUCGAGGUCCUCAGGGAGAUUCCACAAUAAUUAUUGAAGAAACUGUUAUAAUUGAAAAUAUAACUCAGCCAAUCGGCCCUGAGAUAUCAACAACUGGCGCCAUGAAUACAUACAAUGAAACAACAUCAUCUACAUCCUCAAAUAGCAAAAAUGAUUUCAGAACUGUUGAAACAUCAUUUACUCUAGACGCUAAUGGCGUGACAAGAGAUUCGUCUUCCAGCAACGUUGUUUUAGACAAUGUAAUUCCAACAACUAGUGAGCCGGCAGUCGUAACUGAGAGUAACUUAGCUAUAACGGAAGGGUCAUCUUCCACUAUGACUAACUCAAAUCCUGGGUUUGAUCUGGUAUUCCUAAACACAAAAACAUCAUCAUCGCCACCAAAGCCUAGACAACAAGUAGAGGAGAUUAUAACCACAGUGACGGAAGAAAUUAUUACAGGCCACGGAGAUACGAUAAAACCACAAACAAAAACUACCAUACAAAAUGACGGGUCGGUGGUGACAGAGGUUGUUGAAAUAUUAGACUCGAGCACAGGAGGAAGGUCUGCAUCAACAACUUCUGAAAAUUCGUCCUUUCAAUCUUCGCAAAGUUCAAGCUCUAGCGGUAUAAAUAUAAUCAAACCAAGGCAGCCCGGCAGAAUUGUAAGCGGGCCUUCGGGUGUAUCGGGAAGUCUUGACAUAGCAAGUGGGGAUCUUGCUGGGGGCUCGUCGUUAUCCCUAACACCUCCCGGUAUGAAUAGACAAAACAGCGCUAUAUUAUUUUUCAUAGAGCCGGGCGUCACGGCCGAUUCGAGUCCGACAGUUUCUAGCAUACAAACAGGAGCUGAGACUCCAGUGAUUACUGAAUCUGACAGUACUAUAUCAAGACGGAAAGAAUCAUUUAACCUGAGGAAUGUUGAUACAAACAUUCAGGGCUCUGUCGGGUUUAUUGAAAGACCUGGCACAGAAAUUGUGACAACAGAAACUCGAGUAGAAAAAUCAUCAUCCAGUUCCGUCGGUGAUAUGUCUGGAGGUUUUGAAACUUCUAUCAACACAGAUGGAAGCGUGGUUGGAAGCUCAGGGACUACAAUAGAAACGGUCAGUGGCACAAGCGGCGCUGACACAGCAAACACUAACACGGUGUCGUUUGACGCAGAAGUCAGAAGUGGAAGUGCGUUAUCAAACAAUGACAAUAUACUUAGAGGAGAAAUUGGAAGUGUGACUACAAGCCAAUCAGUUAGUUCAGCUUCUCCUGUCAGGACUACAAUGGGGUUAUCAAAUCCAGUGAUUUUCAACUCUGAACGAAUGGCUGCUAAGAAUACAGAAACCACUUCUAAAAUUCCGAUGGACACAAGCUUAACUGCAGAUAUCGGACUCACGACUGGCAACCCAGUCAGAAGGAAGCGUGCGGUAGGUGAAAACAGGAUGGUUGAACAGAUAAACAGUAUGCUGGAUGUUCUCACGGGUUAUUUCAAGGAAACGCACAACAAAACGGCAAACAACAUAGUUCAGGCACUGACAAAGAUGCAUAAGACGAAAAAGAAUGACCCAUCCAUGAAACUACUAAAUAUCACCGUUAAAACGAAACUUAAAACUUUGCCAGAUUCUAGUAGUAAGACAAAACAUGGAGCGGAGAUACUUUCAAAGACGUCUAAAUUUGACGUUCUUGGUAAGAAAUCAAUGAAAAACAAGUCACGAAAAACCAAAUCCAGAAUGUCGGAACAAAAGCAAAGGACUCGUAAAGCGAAAGAACUUGAUGUUGUUUCCAAAGCAAAAGUAAAAGUCUCAAAACCAUCACGCAUUAUUAUAGAAGAGCCGUUGGAACGAGUCGUGAUUCCAUCAGAAAAUGUGAAAAUGUCAUUAUCAAGAUCAGUUUCACCAACUGCUAGCGAAAGGGUAAUUGAACAAAUCAAACAAGAAAUGAAAAUCGAGAAGAAAAAUGAACUUCGGAAGCUUAAAACGGCUGAUAAAGUAACGCAAAUCUCAAAAAUUAAAGAAAUUCCACAGACAGUCACCAUACAACCUAAGGUUGACACUAUAAGCAAGGUAAAUGUAAAUACAAUUAAGCAAAAGGAACCGGAAACGACACCGGAACCGCUAUCAAUAGAUACCACAUACGUCUAUGAAUUUGUAACACAAGAACCAAUAACGGAAAUCAUUUAUCCGGAAACAACAAAAAGGAAAACCACUUCUACUACUACAACCACUACAACCACUACGACCACAACCACCCCCGCUCCCCCUCCGCCUCCCAAACCCGUCCCAACGUCACCCCUUGAUAAAGCCCGCGUAAUUUUUGGUCAGAAUGGCGAGUCACGCCGUCAGAGGAGACCUCCCCGCAAGAGGAAACAAAUGCUGAGCGAAAACAUCUCUCAGCGCUUGGCUACUUCAGAGGACUUUUCCCGGGUUAAAACAGCAGGUCAAUUGUCCAACGCCAUUCCUCAUUCCGAUGUUAGUGGAGGAUUUGUUUUGUCCAGAGUUGAGGAUCAGCAACAGGUUGGGAUGUCCCGGAUGUCAGAUGUUUCAAGCAACCAUCACGAAAACAACCAACAAAUGGCCGACAUUUCCAGAGUUUCUGAGUUCUCUGACCAUCGAAGAAACAACCAUGGAACUUCGAUGGGUUAUGAUAUGGUUCAUGAUCAAGCUAGAGCUCCAGUGACGUCAUCAUCUUCGUCUAGUUUAUCCAUGUCGUCUUCCGCACGAGACGCCGCCUUUACAGGUUUAGGUCAAGGUCAUGGCGUGUCUGAUUCGUACAGAGAAAAUAAACAGACUUCUCAAUCUAGAAACAAUGGAAUGUCUGACAACGCAAUGAGCGCAUUCCUUGCUGUUUUGUCUCCACAACAGAAACUGCAACUCCAGUCCCUUCUUGGUGGUGGCGGAGCUAAUAACUUUCAACCGCCAAGACGACCUCCAACUACCACGACUACCACCACAACAACCACCACCACACCAGCACCACCGCCCGCCCAGGGUCCACCUGACUUCAGUGCACUUGCGCAGAAAAUGCUGCAAAGUCUAAAUGCAAAGAAUUCUCCAUCCCCAGACCAACUACAGCAGAUGAUGGCUUCCUUAGAUGGCGGAAUGCAGACGAGCGGAGGAAUGAACCCAGACGCUGGAGUCAACCCGAUGAGUCAGUUAAUGGCUUCAAUGCUGGGUGGAGGCGGGUCAGAGUCAUCUGGCGGAAACAGUGGGAGACCAAGUCGUUUUAACGAUCCGUUAAGUAUGAGCAUGGCUGGAAUGAACCCAAUGAUGCGAAGAAUGAUGAUGAGGAAUAUGCGUAUGGGCAAUACUGCAACGGACCCCGGUGAGGUACCGGAACAACCAACACCAGGAGAGACCGGAGGAAUGAACCCCUUGAUGCUGAUGGCCAUGGGAGGUGGAGCGGGCGGCGGAAGUGGCGGACUGGCCAGCCUACUGUCCGGCGGUCUGGGCGGAAGUGGAGGUGGAGGAUUGGCGUCUCUCCUUGGCGGCGGCGGCGGCGACAUGAUGGGAGGUCUUGGUGCAGCACUAGGUGGAGGGGGCGGAUCCGGAAGUAGCGGAUUAGACAUGGCUGCCAUGGCCCAGGCUAUGAGUAUGUUUGGCGGCGGCGGCGCUGGACCGGAUGCAGCUUCGUCAUCAAUGAACGAACCUUCCUCUUCAUCAUCGUCUUCAUCUUCCUCUGGAAACUCUAACAAAUCAGUAUCAUAUACCAAACUUGACUCAACAGCCUCCAAAUCUCAGUCCAGUGGUUCUUCCAACGCCGGGAACUCGGAACCAAGCCCCGCACCGGAUACAGGUCUUGACGCCAUGAUGGGUGGUAUGGGAGGACUAAAUCCCUUGGCUUUGAUGGGAGGGGGUGGAAAUAUGGGAGCUUUGGCCAGCCUGAUGGGUAUGGGCGGCGGAAUGGGAGGUGGGAUGGGAGGUCUAGGUGCUCUCGCAGCUCUCGGUGGAGAUCUUCCAGAUAUGCCAUCAAGAGGAGGAAUGAUGGGCGGAAGAGGUGGAAUGGGAUCUAUGGGAAUGAACCCAAUGGCAGCCAUGCUUGGCGGACUCGGUGGAAUGGUCAAAAGAUCAACACUAAAAACCAACACCGCCGACGGUGGGCGUUCCAGAAGACGGAAUACGGAUUUCACCGUCGGUGGAAGGAGGGACCCGGUUCCUGUUGACCUUUUCUCCGACACUUUCACGCCGGUUAAGAGUCACAUCACCGGUAACUCUGUCGCUAUUGGUACCAGUGGAUCGGUCAAAGACGCCGUCUCUCAGAAAGCAAUUCCACCACCGGAUCCGUUUAAAUCUGCAAGAUCCAAAACAGAAAACAUUCGUCAAUUCAAUUAUCAAGAGCCUAGAAAUUUAAACACAAUGAAGAAUGCUCCUUUGGAUAUAACCUUCCAGACGAAAAAUACCCAAUCGGCCACAAACACAUUAGAGAAGACUCUUCCUUCUGCAUCAUUGAAUAAACAGGUCGGAAGCGCCUCACCUUGGAACACACCAGCGGCAGUUCAAAAUAACCUUAACGCCUGGCCUGGUUCGAACCUGGUACCAACAACCACAGUUUCCCCACCAACUGUCACCAGCGUGCCACAAAUUGCCACAACAGAUUCCUUUUUUGGGCUGACGCCCCAUGACGCAGCCGGGCAGAUGUCACACAUGGGCUUCCUACAGAACCCUAUGCCCACACAGACACAGGCGGGUUUCGGUUCAACUGGAAUGAACAACAUGUUUGACAUGGGCAUGGGAAGCUUUGGGCUAGGAGGCCUGGGGCUCGGUGCGGAUUCUGUAGAUCCCAUGUCAACAGUCCAAAAUGGCGCCAAUAUGUUUCCAACCUCGGGAAUUUCAGGUCAAACAACAAUGAUGCACGGAGUCGGGAGCGUUGGUGGUUCUGGUAAUAUGGGAGGGUUUGGUCCCGCAGCCAUAGGAUCUACAGCUGGUGCAGCAGGAGGACCCAGCCAAUUUAACCAAAUGUUAUCAAAUGGAGCUAACACAGACAUGUUGUUUGCCAGCAUUGGACUUAUUCCAGAUCAAAUAGCUGAUAUUAUGGGCGGAACUUCGACGAGUGCUGCCAGGAUGCCUAUGGACAUCAAAAUGAAGGCAAUAGCCAUGAGGCAAACUGGAAUGACACCAGACCAGAUUGCUGAUAAUCUCGGAGACGUGAUGCAGGCAAGAAGAGCACAAAUGAAGAUGGCGUCUCGAAUGUCAAUGAUGGGAUCUAUGGGAACAAUGGGGAUAGGAGCACGAGCGUUGCCAGGAAUGAAGUAGUUCAGAAGAUGAUGAUCCUCUGUUCCAGUCGUUAUUUUUGCUAAUUUUAAUUCAAUUUGUUCGCUUUAUCAUAUACACAUGUAUUCACAUUUCAUCAAGCGUAUAGUCGCGUGUUGCUCCAAGGGGGAGAUAAUCCGUGCUGACAAUGAUUUACACAUAUUAAAUUAUCUUAAGUGAAAAAAACCCCACAACAACACUGUUAUGUUGCCCCUUAACAACCACAGAACGUCACUACCGAGAGUCGAUAUCCUGUAAUAAUGAAACCGUAUCGGUUUUGAUUUGAAUUUCAUCUUUAUAAUAAUAGAAAAAAAAGAUUUGUAGUUAUCUCCCUUGCCAACACGAGUUCUGUAGUACGUACAACAGGCUCAUUCUCUUAACUGUAACAGUUCAGACGCUUCCGUCUUGUGUUGAGUGUUGUUCUAUUUAUAAUAAAACUGUGUACAAACA